UUAAUCAUUGUGUCUCUUCAUCCAACAGAUAAAGAAGAAGGUGAAGAUGACAUGCCGGAAUACGAACGAAUAAGGCAGAAAAGAAUUCAAGAAAAUCAGAAAAUGCUUCUUUCAUUGGGACUUAAAUGCGACCUCGGCGAAGAAUCUGAUGACAUAUCACAUCUAGAAAAGCUCCUAAAAAGCAAACCGCUACCACCACCGACACCUACAGCAUUAAUUAUCAUACCACACAUUCCCAAUAAUCUGAUAACUGCACAAGCCAUUCCCAUCUAUCGAGAAACGAUUGUGCGUUUGGCUCGUGAAGCAUAUGAACGAUUACCACCAUCCGGCUUCCUUGUGAUCGGAGGACAGGAUGUACGUACACCAGAUAAAAAGUUGUGGCCCCUCAGCAUGCUUUUCAUGGAGGAUGUUAAUAAGGUAGUUGGUGAAGACAAGAUGCCAUUGAAGGAAUUGGUGAUCACGGUCCCUGAAGGAUUUGCCAAGGAUAAGAAAAAGAUUUGUUCAAGAGAAGAAUAUGUCGAAGAACGGUGUAUCGUGAAUGAAGAAGAAUCCGCAAUACAAGUGGCCAUCGUUCAU